UUAUUUUAGUAGAGACGAUAAAACAGUUGAAGCACCAACAAACAGAUGAAGCAGCUCUAACCUGCUCCCAUACUCAGAGCAACGACCUUUGGUUGCCCCCUAGUGGGAAGAAACCAAACAAAAUAUACUUAGUUUCGCUUUUCCUCCUCUUCCCGUGAAGAGUGUCGAGCUUUGAAAGUUGUCGAGAAAAGAGAAAUCAGCUUGAAACACAUACAAGAAAGUUUCUCCCACUCAGCAGUGACAGUGGUUCUUCCAGCAGAUGGCAGAAGCGGGCAAGAUUGUCCGGGUGAGCGGGCUGCCCACGGAGCUGGAAGAUGACAGGCUGAAAGACAAGUUACUCAUUCACUUUCUCAGAGCCAGGAAUGGAGGAGGGGAAAUAGACCAUGUCACGAUUGUGAAACCACCGCCUUUAUCUGCUCUCAUUACCUUUGAGGACAGUGCAGUGGCACAGAGAAUUGCUCAACGAUCUCGGCACAUUCUGGAAAUAGAUGGGAAAAAGUAUGAACUCGAUGCUUCAGAGAGCCCAGGAAGCUUGGACCCAGACCAGGUUGUCUUAAGCUUAACAGCAACGGUUGACUACAGCAGACUUCCUGGGGGAAUCAAGGCACUAAAAAACCUUUGUAAAAGUCAUCAAGAUGUCCAUAUAAAGUCCAUUGCUACUGAGAUGUGUUGCACACUGGUUGGCUCGUACUAUAAAGUGCAGGCUGCUUUGACCGAACUACUUGGUCCCGGAUUCUCAGAGAGCAAAAACUCAGGUCCAAAUGCCUCCAGCAGGACUUGGUCAUUUCAGACAUCACAGAAACCUCAAGAGUCAGAAGAUCAGAGCAGAGAACCAACCAGGCAAGAGGAACACAGAGAAGUCAAAGAUGACGCUGAUGUUUCAGCAAAGGGGGAAAACGUCUCUUCAAACAGAAAUCAUGCACUUGGUGGUGAUGACUGGGAAACUGUCAGUCACACAGAUAGCGCAGCUCGGCGCUCUCCAACUGCUUUCAUAGAGGAGUCCUCUUUGAUUGUGGAUGCAGACGUGUUCCAGUAUCUGGAGAAUCACUGCAAGAAGGAAUACCAGCAAAUCCUCAGUCAGUUUGGUGUUGAGGUGGUGAGCGAAACAAAUCAGGGCCUGACCACUCUGUUCUUGCAGAUUGCUGAUACAACAGCGGUGGAGGAGAGGCAAGAGAGCAUGAAACUAGCUAAACAGGCAAUAAGUCGACUUUAUCACGAAAAUGAGGCAAAGAUCUGUCGAGACCAGCUCCCUAAAAAUAUACUUCGCCCCAGAGGAGGACUGCAAAGGGAACUGGAAAACGUAAGUGCAAGAUAUCCAAAACUUCUUCUGAAUGAAGAUGAGCAGAAUAUUUACUUUAUUGGUAGCAACAAGGAUGUAGUAGAUGCCAGAUACUCUCUUCUAAUAGGCCAGGAGGAAGUUAGAAAUAAAAAGGAAGGUGUUGCCAGUCUUCUUAAUUUUCCUUCAUAUAAUUCUGGGACAUCACCUUUUCAUUCUGAUGAGGAGCGACUACACCAGACUAUGCCUCCUACUGAAGGACAGCUGAAUGAAAGGAUAGAUCGGCUGCAGAUAUCUGAGGAAGAUGAACUAAGAACUGAUGGAGCAAGAAGGUAUAAGCUAGCUGCUCGGUUUAAAGACUCAGGACUUUCCGUUUUAGGCGGCUUUCCCUUCCGUCCAAAUUCAUCACCCAGCAGGCAAGCACACCAGGAUCCGAUUCUGGGGCACGAUGUGCUGUCCGGAUCAACAGGGAUUUCUGGUGAAGGAAUUUCUAGAGCAGCAGCCCAAAAUACCGGAGGGGACAUAUUGUUCAAAACCGCGCAUACAUCUCCCUCUUUAUUCUCACCAAUUAAAACCUCUUUAACUACAGAUAUGAUAGACACCCGACCAAAAAACUUAGCAACUCCGUUUGCUUCAAUUCCUUACAGCCUUCCAAAAAGCAGUGCAUUUCCACCUUCAGAGUCUGGAUCCACUUUAAAGCGAGCCAGUAGUUUCUCAGGAACACCUCAACAGAAAGCUCAAAUCCUGGGCCAGAAGAGCCAAGACGAUUCCAGCAAACCUACAGUCGGAGUCCGCGAACGGUCUUCCAGCUUUAGUAGCCAGACAGUGAGGAAUAAACAAGAAGCCCAUCAUGAAGAGAUCUCAGUUUCCAAGGUUAUAUGGCAAUACAUAAAGGAAGCCUACAGUACCCGGGUGGAGGACCUCACUUCUGAUCUCCAGAUGAAAGAGAACUCCUCUGAGGGCAAUCGGAAUUUGACUGUUAUCUUAAGAGGGGCUGAUUCGUCCAAAGUGAAAUUAUGUCGGGAACGUUUACAGAAGCUUGUUGACUUAGUCAGUGGUGACUUCUCAGUUCAGGAGCUGCGCUUGUCGGAGUUGGGGGUUUCUAGUACCAAAGAUGAAACCUUACAGGCUUGUUGCUCUGAAGUGCGGAGCCGCUUCAAGAAGGUUGUCGUCCACACGAUGAAGGAAAACUUGUAUCUCGUUGGUCCAGAAGAGCUGUGCUCCCAGGUUGCUGCUACGCUGAGGGAGGUAUUUUCUAAAGAACCUGAACAGCACGACUUCUCCGACCAAUUUUUGCAAUUGAAUGCAACCCAAAGGAGAAAACGAGUCCCGGACAGUACGUAUCAGGUGGUGUCCACCCAAGCUGGCAUCGUUGAUGGGAACAGUGAGAGUCAUCAAUGGAAAACAACCUAUGGUAGAGACUUUGGUGAGAAGGGGCUUGUGAAUGGAUCAAAUAGCCAAUCAUCACCGAAGAAAGAGAAAGUCUCCAAGGAAAAACAGGAUGGAAACACAGUUGAAAAGAAUUCUUUGAAUGGUGAGAAAGAGAGAACAUUACAGGCUAACCAGCAGGAUACUACAGAGCACACACCUGCAGAGACCCAGAGCACCUCAGAGAAGUCCAGGUCAGGUCUGGACGGGCAGAUCUGUAUUUGUGGGACGGACAAGACAACAUUGGUGAGGACCAAGUGUGGAGUCACAUUGUGCCCAGAGUGCCUGGGGAUGUCGCACUCUUACUGCAAAGUCUGCAAUGAGGAGGUAGAGCAGACACUCCAAGGCAUCUGUGGUGAAAUGAAGAAAUCCAAACUGAGCAUGAGUUUGCCAGGUCAACACAAGGGCGGCGUUAUCAAGAUCACUUACCACAUUCCUAAUGGUAUCCAAGGGGAGGGUCAUCCAUCACCUGGAAAACCAUUUAAGGGGGCGGCAUUUGAAGCCUACCUCCCAGACAAUGAAAAUGCGAGGAAGCUGCUUCCCCGGCUGGAAAAAGCCUUCAGGAGGGGCCUCACCUUCACUGUGACAGGCAAAGGGACAGAGGCCAAGGUCGUCUGGGGCUCCAUCCCACACAAAACCAGCUUAUAUGGAAGCAAAUCUGAGAAAGGGUACCCAGACUCCACCUACUUGACACGUUUGUCCAGCAUCUUGACUUCCUAUGGGAUUUCGUAGUCAUCGGCAUGGUCCAAAUUGAAAAUUUACUGAGAAGAAACUUUUACACAUACGUUUUUAAUAUAAUGUCAACUGUAUUAGCCAUUUGUCUUAUUGUAUUAUGUUGUAAAAUGUCCGUCAUUCCUUAUUUAUCUAUGAAUGUAAAUAACAGAAUUGAGAAUGGAAAUAAUAUGUAUAUACUAUUUUUAGGCUUUUUUUAAAAGCUUUGGUUCUAAGUUUUUUUUUUUUUUUUUUUAAAGAACGUGCUUGAAUCUCUGAAUGUUUAAUGUCCCGAUGCCACAGUUUGGAUCAUUUCAUACAGCAUUUCUGAACUUUUUAUUUUUUUUUAUUUUUUUUUUACUAUUUCGACUAAUUCAGUUUUUAUACAAGUGUAUUUCUAUGGUAUGAUGUGCGCCUCACUGUAAAGAUAGGCACUUCGGAGCAUUCUGUAUGGGUUUAACCACAAUCCAUCUAGCUAUUUUCAAAAUACUGGAGGGCAUAAAUAUAAAUAAAAAGAGCACAUUUCCUGACUUUUUUUUAUGCUUUUUUUAUUAGUCCUGGAAAACAUGUAAGGCAUAUGGUAACAUUACACACUGAAGCGUUACAAGCUCUAAAGGCCAUGUGGACAGCAUGGCACCACGCGGUAAACCCAGAGUCAAGCACAGAAGCAGCAUCAGUUCAAAGGGUUUAAAAAACAAAGACGGGACGAGGAGUGUGUGUUUUUCUGCUUUGAUUUUCUCUUUUUAACCCAAAAAAACAUCAGAGCGAAGGGAAUGUGGAAGUCACCUGUUGGGUAUCCGCUGUAGAAAAUGACCAGAGCUAACAAGAGGAGGGUUGUGAAGUGAGUUUUUCCGAAGCGUUCCCAGAGAUAGGUUAAGAUGCCACACGGCUUUACCAGCUGGCCUUGGCAACGCCUGUGCUGAAGGUGAGAGCAGGGACUCUGCGGUGGACUGGCACUCUCCUCCUUCACACCACAAUGCUAUGGAAAACUGGUGAGAAGCUACACACAUGUGCUUUAUUUUCUGGUUGACUAAACAUGCAUUCUAAUACUGUACUGUACAUGAAAAGCCCUGGCAGAUUGUGCUUUUUUUUUUAGCAUCUCUGCAAUGCAUUACUCUUAAAAGAGACUGCAAAGAACUUAGGAGCUGCAGGCAGAUGUUUGAGUGGAUAUGAGCCACUGACUGAUCCUUCUUUCACAUCGGAUGAGGCUGUGAAGGAAAAUCAUGCAGUCGGAGUUUGUGUCAUGAACAUCGUGGAACGGCUGUGUGUGUGUGUGUGUGUAUGUAUUAGUGGUGAGGAAAACUGCAGUUUGGAAUGACCUGAGAAACCAUAUAAAAUGAAAUAAAAAUUUAAAAAAAAAAUCACAUCAAAGCUCGACAGUGACGUUUCUGUGAGGAACUUUAGAGAGAAACGAGAGAGAAAGAAGAUGAGGAUUUGAAAUACUGACCUCAACGCUUGUCUUCAGGCCCUAAUUUAAGGGUGCUAAUUGGUGCAAUCGUAUCUAGGAAAAUGACCACGCGUUGCCUAUUUUUACAUUGUAAUGCUUUUUCUUCUCCCCUACUGCACAUCUCUGUGUUGCUCUUGCAAAGUGUCUGGAAUGACUGGGAAACCACUUCAAGAUGACAUACAAUCCGGCUUCACCAAAGUGGAAGAGCUUCCAGACGGCAGACCAAAGUAGGAAGGGGAUGGGCCUACUUUUAACCAAAAAAUCCACUUGAGCUCAAACUCCAGACAUGAAGCACCGCCUCACUGAUUAAGAUCAUCUCAAAGGCAUUGGCUCCAUUGAACCAAUGGGGAAAAGCUGGAAGAAAAAAACAAACAAAAAAAAAAUAAACUAAUCUGUUUUCCACAUGCAGAUGGAUGCAUGCAAUAUCAAAUUCCAGAUGUCAAAAUGAUGUUUUAUUCUCUGUGAAAGUGAGUGCAGAGGGAAAGGGGUUUAUACCGGGAGGACUGUUGGCUGGCUGCUAAACUGCUGCACGGGCCAAGAAGCUCUGCAGAUGCAGCGCAGGAAGAGAGAAAUGACUUACAAACCUUCAGUGAACAGAGAGAGCGCGGCUGUAAAGCGGAAAUGUUGCGUCUGGGGCAGGCUGGGGCUGAUCAGCCAAUAAGCUGGGGCCUUGUUGGGCUGUUUUACAGUAUCUGCAUCACUGCACAGCUGUGCGAGAACAUCUGUUUUCCUCACUUUGCUAUACGGACCAUUUGCAAACACGCUGGCAGAAACAUAUGCACAGAAGAAUGCGGCGAAGCUUUGGAUUGUGAGGAAAUCUGGUGAAGUUUAGAGUCCUAAUCUCUCCUUCCUUUUAGUUGUAGGAUAAUCAGAUUUUUGUAGAGGUAACCUUUUUUGAAUGGAGAGAAAACAGAAGCAGACCUUAGUCUGAGCAACCAACUAAAACCCACAAACUUUUUGGAAAAAAAAGUCCCAUUAUUCCCUGAUAUAUGAAACUGCUGCAUAUCUGCAUUUUUUCCCCUCUUCUGGGUUGAUGGAAAUGCAUCCCAAGGCAGGUUCUUUUUUAAUAUAUUUUUAUGCACUGUUAAUAUUCAAAGCAUUGACAGAGGAAUAUACAUACAAUUUGGCACACAUGGUUUGGACCAACAGAAAAAAAAACAAAAAAAACUUCAUCACAUUUAAAAGGAGUGCAGGUUAGCAGGUCCCCACAGAGUACUGUAUGAGCUUUGAACUUUAAACCCUUGGAUAACAAAAAAAACAAAAACAAACCAAAAAAAAUAUAAAGGUAAAUCAAAAUAACAUAGUUAGUAAAACAUUUUUCUUUCUUUCUUUUUUUUUUCUUUUUUAACUGAAGCAAUUGUUUCUCACAUGGCACUCGGAACAGAAGCACCGUCCACAGGUUCACAAAGGGAGCCCAGCAGAUUAGAACAGAACACUAACCAGAGGCUGACAGAGCACAAUCACUCCCCACACCAGCAUGGCUGUCGCACUCCAGUCCAUCUCACCCAGCUCCGCGUUUUGUUUCCCACAGCCGAGAAAGAGCGAAUGCUUUUGAAAAGUUGGAGCGCAUGAGCGGAACCUUUGCACAAGUAAAUGCGUUUGUGCCACCUGUUCUGAAAGGAUGAGAAGCAGGCUGCAAAUCUGGAGCAACAACAACAACAAAAAAAAGAAAGACGACAACUCAAAGCCAGGCUGAGACUGGAGUGCCACCGCCAUGCUUGCAAGUGCAUUAAGAUCAGCGAGCAGAGUGCAAAAUACUAAUACCAACUGUCCUCAUAACACAGGCCUCUUAUCAGACAGGAGGGAGAGAUGGAGGAGGGUCAAUGUGAAGCUACGUCGUUCUGUAGCGGAGUAGUGUGAGGUGGGAAUGUGGCAGGGAGGGCGAGUGAUUUUAAAACCUGACAAACGACCUGAGGACACACGCACGUCUUCACACACAAUGGCACACCACACACAGCACAUGAGGGAGGCCACUCAUGCCAACACAAAAACUUUUUUUUUUCCCAUUUCUUUUUUUGGAAACAUUUUUUUUGUUUGUUUUUUACAAAGUCACUAGUCACCAUCUGAGUCUGAACACUGAAGCCGGACCCAGAGGCAGGCAGGCAGGCAGGCAGGCAGGCGGGCAGGCGGUAGUCAGGAAGGUGUCAUUUUUAAAGAUGAUGACACUGAGACGUAAAUUUUCAAUGUCCAUGAGCGGGGCAGCAGUCUGCCACACUAGCGAGCAAACGGCCACUGAUGCACACUGUUAGCAUUAGAAGCUGAACAGUGACUUUACACAAGCAUUAGCACUGUGUAGCACAGCUAGUAGUUACAGGUAGAAAGAACAGAUGCAUUUUAUCACAUGAUUUAUCAUAUCUACCCUUUUGGCAGACAUAGUGUCAUGUAGAAGUGUUUCUCUUCUAUUUUUUCCUUUUUGGUACACCUGAUGUUCCACAUCAUUAUACACAUCCUAAUAUUAGGCGAGGAUAGCCUGAUUAAAUACAUAAAGCACUUUUUAAAUACUGAAUUAUUAGGAAUAAAAGGUAUCCAAAUCAACCUGACUGCAUGUAAAGAAGUAAUAAUCCAAAAUGCUGAGUUUAUUGUCAGCCAUUCUGUAUUGAUCAAAAUGAGAAAAAUCUGACAACAGGAAUGAAGCACAUCACGCCCCGACCUAAACGAGUUCACAGCCAUUUCUGAGGCUUUGGGACUUUUACUCACAAACAGAGGAAACAUGGAACAGUCGUAAAAAGAGUGUUGGGUCUACCGAGAUGACUCCAUGAGCGCAUCACCCAGGAGGUCGCAGAACAACAUUUAAAGCACCGCAGGCGUGACUUUCCCUAGUUAAGGUCAAUGUUCACGAUUCAACAAUAAGAAAUUAGGUAAAAAUGGCAUCCAAGGGAGAGUUGACAAAUAAAAAGGAUUAAAAUAGUUCUGCAAAGACGAAUGGAACAAAGUAAAAAAAACAAACAAAAAAAAAACCUUCAUUUCCAGUUAUUGCAAAUGCAAGACGGCAGUACUUGUUGCCAAGGGUGGCAUAACCAGUUAUUAGACAUAGGGUUAUUAAAUUUAGCAGACAAUUGCUUCUUCACACAAGGCCAGAUUGAUUUGGAUAGCUUUGUUCCCUUAAUAAAAUCAUCGAUUGAAAACUAGAUUAUGUUAUUCACUCCAAUUAUCUUUGAUUUGCUUGACGAACUGUUCAAUGUGGUUAAAAGAAAGGAAAAAUAGAAGAAAACACUUCUUCACACCGCUGUAGUUGUUAAAAUUUCAGUUAUUUUUAGCAUUGGAGUUCUUAAUGUAGAUGUAAUAUCAGCCAUUAAUGGCCACAGUAACGAAACCAACUAUCAAUGCAACAUGUUAGACUUUAGACGGGGUUGAAAUAAGGCUAGCCGAGUGAUAUUAAAUGCUUAAAAAACAGCCUCACCUGCUGUUUUGAUUCAUUUUACUAAAACAUCUUCAACCUGUUGAAAUACCGGCUGACAGCACCAACUGCUGGCAAACGCAUAGUCAGAAGAGCAUGAAGGAGGACACACAGAGAGAGGGAAGAAAAAAAAGAGAGAGACCACAGUGCCAUCUCUGACGAGCCUGACGCCUGUUGCUAUGCCGACCACAAAGAGGGAAACAGAAAGAGGAGGAGGAGGGAGGAGGUGGGGAGGCGAAGCGCAGACAACAGCGCUGGCUGAAUUCGCCUCUCCUGGGUCAGUGUGAUCGAAAGGAAGCGAGGAAUGCGAUGAAAUUCCUCUCGGAGGUUCAGGGAGGAAAGAAAGUCCAGAGCAAAGGAAAACAAAAAAACGAAAGAAAACAAAAACCUUCACCCUCUUCGCUUGCUCACUUCAAGCACCUCGCUGUCUUGGUGCGACAGCGGCUCUUUCAUCGCAUUUGGAGCGUGCGUGUCUGUGUGUUUGCACAGAAACAAUUUCUUUCUUAAUUGGCACCCUGAACUUCUUGCCAACAGUUGGUCGGCUAGAAAAAUCUGUAACUAAGGAGAAGGAAGCUGGAAAAUAAUAUCAGCCAGGCUAUUCAACAGAGCACAGAGAGGCUCAUUAUGAGAGGAAAAGCAAGGACAUGAACUCGAAUGGAAUUUGAUGGGAAAGCGUUUCCAUCGCUCUGAAACUCUAAUAAUUUUUUUUCUACGUAGUUAAACAUGAUGAGUGGAAAAAAAAAAAAAAAAA